AUGAGAAGUUUAAUAUGGGCUUUAUUGACGGCAAUAGUCGCUGCUGAAAAGCUUGAACUGUUGGCUUCUGCGCCGCUUACGUUAAGUGAGGCUAUAUCACCGUCGAAUUUACCAUCUCAAACACUUCAGCCCAAUGAAGGCUCAACACUGUGUGGUCCAGGGUCAAGCCAAUGCGUUUAUGCUUCGGGAUAUGAGGCCCAGUUAUGUCCCGUGGUAGAUGGCCAACUGACUAAGAAGUUGGAGAACCCUCAACAUCUUCAGUGCCUAUGUCUUGUUGAUAUGGUUUAUUGGGAUAGUCUUGCAAAAUGCCGAUGCAAUGGGCUCAGUGGAGCGAAGCUCAAGGAAAAAUUCUGCUCCACUUUGAAUUCAACAUUUAGCGAAACCAUGGUUUUCAAUAUGCCCUCAGAAUAUUACGAUGACAAUUCGAGUGACGCAAAGACCGUUUCGAAUUCCUUCAACCUCACCGGAGAACUUUUAACAGACGACUAUUGGAAUACAAGAGUACCGACGCUGUCUCUGGCAUCAGAAAUUUUGACUACGAGUAUAGACAAUACUCUGGCGUUGAAUGAAGCAUACUUGGUGGAUAUUGGUUCCACCCUCAAGGCAUAUAUGGCAUAUAUUAUUUUCUUCAUUUGA